AUGACAAGCACCAAUAUAAGAUCAUCAUCAUCAUCUCUCAUCGAUCCAAGAAGUGGUUUCUGCAAUGCAAACGCAACGUUUUACAGUAAACGCAACCCAUUGCUACUUCCAGCCAACACCUCACUCGACGUCACCACUUUCAUCUCCUCUCAACCUCACCGCGGCACAACAGCCUUCAUAGACGCCGCCACGGGCCACCGCAUAAGCUUCUCCGAACUCUGGACAGCCGUGAACCGUGUUGCGGACUGUCUCCACCACGACGUUGGAGUAAGAAGAGGCGACGUCGUACUCAUCCUAUCUCCCAACUCCCUCUCCAUCCCCAUCGUCUGCCUCUCCGUCUUGUCUCUCGGCGCCGUCGUCACCACCGCGAAUCCUCUCAACACCGCCGGUGAGAUCGCCAGACAGAUGGCAGACAGUAACCCGGUUUUCGCCUUCACAACGCCUGAGCUGGCUCAAAAACUCGCCGGUUCAGGUAUCUCCGUUGUCCUCGAGAGAGUGGGGCCCACUUCCGGAGUCAGAGUAGUUGGUUAUGUGAGGGAAAUGAUGAAUAUGGAACCGAGUAGUGGGACCCGAGUUAGAGACCGAGUUAACCACGACGACACGGCGAUGCUUCUAUACUCAUCCGGAACCACAGGGAGAAGCAAAGGAGUGAUAACCUCUCACGGGAACUUAAUAGCACACGUGGCGAGAUACAUCGCUGAGCCAUGGCAGCCAGACCAGACCUUCCUCUGCACAGUUCCGAUGUUCCACACGUUCGGAUUGCUCAAUUUCGUUAUAGCCACCGUAGCGUUGGGUUCAACGGUUGUGAUCCUCCCUAGGUUCAAGCUCCAGGAGAUGGUGGCGGCAGCCGAGAAGUACAGAGCUACGUCUCUGAUUCUGGUGCCGCCCAUUUUGGUAGCUAUGAUCAACGGCUCAGAUGCGAUCAAGGCCAAGUACGAUCUUAGUUCUGUCAGAACGGUUAGAUGUGGGGGUGCCCCCUUGAGCAAGGAAGUUACUGAAGGGUUUUUAGAGGCAUAUCCAACGGUUGAUAUUUUUCAAGGGUAUGCUUUGACUGAAUCUAACGGUGCUGGAGCUUCGGUGGAUACGGUGGAGGAGAGUCGGAGAUACGGUGCGGCGGGGAGGUUGUCGUCCGGGGUGGAAGCGAGGAUUGUGGAUCUUGAUACGGGUCGGAUCAUGGGUGUGAACCAAACGGGUGAGCUUUGGCUCAAAGGACCUUCUAUUGCUAGAGGUUAUUUUAGGAACGAAGAAGCUACAAAAGAAACUAUCAAUUCAGAAGGAUGGCUUAAAACGGGAGAUCUUUGCUAUAUUGAUGAUGAUGGAUUUGUUUUUAUUGUUGAUCGACUUAAAGAGCUAAUCAAAUACAAAGGUUAUCAGGUUCCUCCAGCUGAACUAGAGGCUCUUCUAUUAAGCCACCCGGAUAUUCUUGAUGCAGCAGUUAUUCCGAUUCCUGACAAAGAAGCAGGCCAAUGUCCAAUGGCUUUCGUGCAAUGCAAGCCUGAGAGCCAUCUUUCUAAGAAACAAGUUAUUGACUUCAUCUCUAAACAGGUGGCACCAUAUAAAAGAAUAAGAAAGCCUCACGGCGGCACCACCGCCUUCGUCGACGCCGUCACCGGCCGUCGUCUCGGCUUCUCCGAGCUCUGGCUCGGCGUCAAGAGAGUCGCGUCUCGUCUCUAUUCGUUAGGCGUUCGCAAGGGCAACGUCGUCAUUAUCCUCUCUCCGAACUCCAUCCUCUACCCCGUCGUCUCCCUCGCCGUGAUGUCUCUCGGCGCCGUCAUAACCACGGCGAAUCCGAUAAGCACUUCCGGCGAAAUCUCCAAGCAGGUCGCCGACUCGCUCCCCGUCCUCGCCUUCACCACCGGAAAACUCGUCUCGAAACUCGCCGCCGCGUCGGACGGGAGUCUCCCGGUGGUUCUCAUGGACGAGCACAACGACGGAGUAAAAAAUGCUCACGGAGUGAAGAUCGUCGGGAGCUUGGAGGCGAUGAUGACGGAGAGUGAGCCGAGCGAGUCACGAGUCAGGGAACGAGUCAACCAGGAAGACACGGCGGCGUUGCUAUACUCGUCAGGGACCACGGGGACAAGCAAGGGAGUAAUGAUAACACACCGUAACCUAAUAGCUUUGGUACACACGUACCGGGUCCGGUUCGGUUUAGAGCAGCGAACCGUUUGUACGAUCCCAAUGUGUCACGUUUUCAGCUUCGGUGGUUUCGUGACGAGCUUCAUCGCUUUAGGGUGGACGAUUGUUGUUCUUCCCAAGUUCGUGAUGUCUCAGCUUCUCUCCGCCGUGGAGACUCACCGUCCUACGCAUCUUACUCUCGUCCCUCCGAUGGUUGUAGCAUUGGUUAACGGAGCUAAGGAGAUAAACUCCAAGUACGACUUGAGCUCGUUGCACACUGUGGUAGCUGGAGGAGCUCCUCUGAGCAGAGAGGUGAUUGAGAAGUUUGUUAAGAGUUAUCCGAACGUUAGGGUUUUACAAGGUUAUGGUUUGACCGAGACAACGGCUAUAGUUGCUACUAUGUUUACUAAAGAGGAGACAGAGAGGUAUGGUUCGUCUGGUUUGCUUUCUCCGAAUGUGGAGGUUAAGAUUGUGGAUCCGGAUACGGGUCGGUUAUUGGGUGUGGGUCAGACCGGUGAGCUUUGGUUAAGGAGCCCCACUGUGAUGAAAGGUUAUUACAAGAACAGAGAAGCUACUGCGGUUACUAUAGAUUCAGAUGGGUGGUUGAAGACUGGUGACUUGUGUUAUAUUGAUAGUGAAGGUUUUGUGUUUGUUGUUGAUAGAUUAAAGGAGCUUAUCAAAUGCAAUGGUUAUCAGGUUGCUCCAGCAGAACUAGAGGCAGUGUUGCUUGCGCAUCCUGAGAUUGAUGACGCGGCAGUGAUACCUAUCCCUGAUGAGAAAGCUGGGGAGUAUCCAAUGGCGUAUAUUGUACGAAAAGCUGGAAGUAACUUGUCCGAAAGUGAAAUCAUGGGCUUUGUUGCAAAACAGGUGUCGCGGUACAAGAAGAUACGUAAAGUCGUAUUUUUAGGUUCAAUCCCCAAAAAUCCAUCGGGGAAGAUUUUGAGAAGAGAACUUAGAAAGCUCACAACUUCAAAACUCUAG